UCAGCAGCAGCCGACUUACACAAGAUGUUAGGGGGCGCCUUCUUGCCGCCCCUAACAUCUUGCCGGCCUAGGGGGCCUUUCCCUAAAUCCGGGCCUGGUGUCGGGUAGGGACUGGGUUUGAGAGAAGCAUCAGAGCUGCCCAAGCUCCUCACCUCCAUGUCAAACCCUAUUAGAGCAAAGGGAAUUGAGGGGUUGGAGACACAAGAGGAGGCAGCUCACACUCUCCACAGUUAUUUCCUCAGGACUUGACUAAGCUGAAGCCAACAGGGGGGUGCUGCUGGGUGCUGUGAGCUCGGAAGGGUCGGGACUUACUAGGUGCAUCUCCUGCCAGACCAGCACAGCCCAGUACAGGGAGCCUGUAGGUUGGACCCCAGGAGCAGCUGAGCUUUCAGAUGGGGUCUGAUGUCCGGGAUAUGAAUCUGUUGCCUCCAGUCUCUAGUCUGUCCGGGAACAGCAGCUGUAACAUGCCAGUUAGUAGCAGUGCUUAAUGGGCUCCAGUCCUGGACUUCCCCCCCGGGGCCCCUUACAGCUCCCUGACCCCUCACUCUUUUAUCAAACAAGAACCCACCUGGAACCCAGACCCCCAUGAAGAUCAGUGUCUCAGCGCCUUUACUGUCCAUUUCUCCGGUCAGUUCACUGGGACAGCCGGGGCUUGUAGGUAUGGGCCCCUUGGGGCCCCAACACCCAGUCAGGCAACAACAGGCCAAGCAAGGAUGUUCUCCAAUGCCCCUUACCUGUCCAAUUGCCUAGAUAACCAACAGGGCAUGAGGAAUCAAGACAGAGGUACAAGAGGAAAACCAGGAGAGGGAGGAAAAGGAAGAAAGGAACAAAGGAGCCUGUAGCCUUCCAAAUGUCCACCAGGACGAAAGUACGCUAGUAGUCAAUAUCAGCGCAAGGAUUUUAACGGAUGCCGAGAUGAGUGUUCUCUCCAAAGGUUUGGGGUAUGUACCUACUAACAAUGGUGACCGAUUAUGUCUUGAUGUUGAAUUGGAGAAAUUUUUUCGUCUUUUAAGACUUAAGGCUCAUUUUGCACAGGAAACGUCGGACAAUAAUAUGCCACCAUUGGGGAAAAAUAAUGAUGAUGAUGAUGACACACAGGAAACAGAGGAUAUGCAAACAGAAUCUUGGUAUGACACGACCAAAUGUAGACCAAAAAAUACACAAAAAUCUGCAGAGACCACCAGGGAGACCCAUUGUGGCAGGAAUGUCGUCUAUAUUUCAACCUAUAGCAGUCAUGUUGGACACUGUCCUCAAUCCUAUAGUGGGAAUCGAGGUUAUCACAGCAGCAAUGGCAGAUCUUGGAUUACCAGGGGGAGUGGUGGAUUUACUUCUACAACUUCUGGGAUGGAUCCUGAAAAGGAAUUAUUUCCUCUUUGAAGGUAAAUUCUAUGAACAAAGCCAAGGCACAUCAAUGGGUUCUAAUGUUGCUCCUGCAUAUGCAAAUUUAUACAUGGCACACUUUGAAGACAAUUUUGUCUAUAAUAAUCAGGAGUUUUGGCCCUAAUAUUGAUGUGGCUUCGCUAUAUAGACGAUCUAUUCUUUGUCUGGCAAGGGACAGAGGAAUCACUAAAACUAUUUGUAGAUCACCUCAAUUCCAGGAUUCCAACUAUAAAAUUCACUUUGGAGUAUGAUAGAAAUCAGAUACACUUUCUAGACGUGACAGUCAGGCUACAAGAUGGGAAGUUCUCCACUGAUAUAUAUAGGAAACCGACUGACAGAAUCACUUAUCUAAAUCCACACAGUUUUCACCCACCCUCUACAAUCAAAGGGCUACCAUAUAGCCAAAUGUUACGAACAAGACGCAUUGUAAGUGAAGAUGACAAAUUUGAAGAGAGAGCAGAAGAAAUGAUGACCCACUUUGAGAGUAGAGGCUAUGGGACAGAUAUGUUGGAAACAGCCAGGGAGAAAGUAAAAGGUACAUCGAGAACGACCCUAUUAUCCAAAAAAGCAAAGAAAAAAUCAGACAGAUUACCCUUUGUCACUACAUACUCAAGACAAUCAGGUAGGGUAAAAAAGAUAAUAUAUCGACACUGGCAUUUAUUACAGAUGGACCAGAGGUUAAAACCAUGGGUGGCGGAACCUCCAAUGAUGGCCUAUAAAAGAUCAAGCAACCUGAGGGACCAUCUGGUCCAUGCGUUAAUUGAACCACAAAAGAAGCAAGGUACUUGGCUGAGUGGGGCUAAGGGAAUGUUUAAGUGUGGAAGGUGCGUUAAUUGCAAUUUUGUGAUGCGCACAGAUAAAUUCUAUCACCCGAUGACGGGUAGGGAGUAUGAAAUGACAGACUACAUAAAUUGUCAGACUGACUAUGUCAUAUAUAUGGUAAAAUGUCCUUGUGGUAAAGUAUAUGUAGGGGAAACUACCAGGUCCCUCAGUAUUAGGAUUGGGGAACACAGAAGUGAUGUUAGACUUAAGAAACAUACAUCCCCUUUGGCAAGGCACUUCAUGGAAGCAAACCAUCAGGUCAGUCAACUGAAGUUUAUGGGGAUAGAACGAGUAAGAACCCCUACCCGUGGUGGUAAUAGGGAAAUUCUAUUGAAACAGCGUGAAUUGAAGUGGAUAUAUAGGUUACAAACCCUAUCUCCGAAUGGUCUAAAUGAGGAUAGGGAAUUAUCACUGUUUUUUUAAUGUUACCUUCAAUAUUGGUAAUUGACCUCUGAUGGACAUUGUGUUAAACAAUGAGGCUUUCCUCUUAUUAAGAAUUUUGAUGUGAGUCGUAGGACCUCAGCCUGUGUACCUAUAUGAGUUUACUAUAUAGUAAUGUUUUUCUGAUGUUUUUAAUAAUUGUUUUUAACCUUAUUUAUAUGUUACUAUUUCUACUAUCUUCACAGAUCAUAUAAGAAAUGAGUGAUGGAUUAUCCAUUGAAUUUUUGUGUCCUCCUAUUAACCUCACCAAAGGUUUUUUUUUUAAAAAAAACGAAAAAACGAGGAAAUAUGUUAAUGAGCACUGUCACUUUAAAUAUAUUGCACUGACCACGGGUCUGUUUUUAUAUUGUUUAAUAUUAGAUUGCACAAUAUGGACUGUUUUAUAAUAUUGAUUGUCACUAUAAUGAACUAAUGAAAGAUGAUUGGUUAUUAUAUGUAUUUUUAUGAACAAAUCUUUUUACAUGAAUUCCCUACAUAUGAUUGGACACAUUGAGACACAUGAUUAUAAGCACAUACUAACUUUAGAGGUCAUAUGACCCAGGUCAUCGAUUAUACACAUUGGACACAUGAUUAUAAGCACACACCCACUUUAGAGGUCAUAUGACCCAGAUCAUCGAUUGGAUACAUUGAGACACAUGAUUAUAAGCACAUACCCACUUUUGAGGUCAUAUGACCAACUUUAUCGAUUUUAUUAUAUGCAAUGGUAUAAAUCAAUUAAUUCUGCACACAAGCACUUUAGAACAUAUAUUUAUAUGUUUUAUCUAUAUGAUAAAUUGGUUUUUUGUUUUGAUCUGUGAUUAAUUAGUAGUAUGGUUUAUAUCCUGUGUUGCUGGAUGACAUUUGGUUGCUAUGUGAACUAUCGUGAGUUACCCCAUGUUUUGGUUACCUAGCGACAGAGUAAACAUGAGCGCAUGCUUUCCCUGUAGUGCAGGCAAGUACAAUAUAGAGAGCCGUGUUGCUAAGCGGAUGAUUCAUCCGCGGAAGUGACAUAGGCGGAAGUGACGUCACACACCAUGUGGUAAUUGAACAGGGUAUUUAUAGCUCCACACGAUAGGGCAAACGUCAGAAUCCCCUUGACAAAGGCUUACGCCGAAACGUUGGGGCCAUUCUCAUACUGGUGGUAGGUGUAUCUGCUCCUUGCUGUAUAAUUGUAAUACUUACUGUUUACUGUUAUGUAAU